UUGGAGGCACAAUGUUGGUCGAAUUGGUGCUGAUUCCUCUUCUCGCGCUCAUCGCCCAUUUCAUUUACAAAGAGUGCAGCAGGCCAAAGAAUUUUCCACCAGGUCCGCAAUGGUUUGUCCCCGUGUUUGGAAAUUUGAACCUGACCUACUCUCUUAAAGAGAAACUCGGCUACCUUUUCUUGGCGCUGGAAAAUUUGGCGGAAAAAUACGGACCAGUUUACGGGUUAAAAUUAGGCCAGGACGUGACCGUCGUCAUCACCGAUUAUGAGAUUAUGAAAGACGUUCUCACCAGAGAGGAGUUCCAGGGACGCCCUAAUGGAUACGUUUUCACAAUGAGAACUUUUGGGGAAAAAUUAGGUAUUGGUUUUUCUGAUGGACCCACUUGUACUGCGGUGCGCAAUUUUACCAUGAAAUGCUUGCGAGACGUUGGUGCUGGAAAGCAAACAAUGAAUUGGUACAUUACGGACGAGGCCUCGGAAUUUGUCAAAAUGUUAAAAACGAGUUGUGGAAACACCAAAGAAACGUCGAAAUCGCUUAAACUAGACCAAUUAUUCAAAUUGACAAUUCUGAACAGCCAGUGGCUUUUGAUUGCUGGAAAGCGUUUUGAUUAUGACGACAAAGAAUUUAUUCACCUUCUUGAAUUGCUGACGGAUUUUUUGAAAAAUUUUGAUGGCGCAGGAGGACUCGUGAGCAGACUGCCGUGGAUUAGAUUUGUGGCACCAGAAUUAUCUGGCUUUAACAAACUCAACAAUGCCAUCAAGCCGCUGCAAGAGUUUUUAUGGAAAUUAAUUGGAGAACGCAAGGAAAAUUUUGAUGCCAAUGCUGAGCACAACAAUUAUGUGGAUUUGUUUCUGGCGGAGAUUUUUAAGCAAAACAAGCCAAGCAAAGUUUUUAAUGAAAAAGAACUUAUAUCGUGCCUAAUGGACCUUUUGCUGGCCGGCAUGAUCACAACAAGCGACGCCAUGGUCGACAUGCUGCACUUUGUGGCGCAAGACCCUAAUUUGCAGAGAGAGCUCCAUGUGGAAAUUGAUCGCGUCAUAGGUAGAAACGUAGCUCCUACCAUGGACUUCUACAAUGAGAUGAUUUGGAUGCGCGCCUUCAAUUUGGAAACUUUGCGCUUUGCGACAAUUGCGCCGAUUUCAGUGGCUCGAAGGGCAACCAAGGAUACAAAUCUGUUGCAGUAUCGCAUUCCUAAAGACGCGGUAAUUGUGCCUGUUGUUCACAAAGUAUUAAUGGACGAAGGAUACUGGAAAGACCCCCAGGUUUUUCGGCCCGAAAGAUUCCUCGACGCAAGUAAGACAAAGUUCAUUCCGGAUGAAAGGGUUAACGUUGCGUUUGGAUAUGGAAAGAGACACUGCCCAGGAGACUUCAUCGCUUACCGCACCAUGUUCUUGUUCAUGGCAAAUAUUUUGCAGAAUUUCACUGUCGAAGCUGACCCAAAUGCCGACACAAAAUUGCUGUGGGAUGAGGGAAUUACUUUAACGCCACCACCGUUCACUGGCACAUUUAAAUUGAGAGAAUUAUGCGUACAAAAAUUACCUUACUUGAGAUCUAAAAUGUUGAUCGAACUGGUGAUCAUUCCUCUUCUUGCGCUCUUCGCUCAUUACAUUUACAAGGAGUGCAUACGACCUCCAAAUUUUCCACCAGGUCCGAAAUGGCUUGUCCCUGUGUUUGGAAAUUUGAACCUGGCAUACUCCCUUAUACAAAAACUUGGCUACUUAUUCUUGGCCCUGGAAAAUUUGGCAGAAAAAUAUGGACCAGUUUACGGAUUAAAAUUAGGCCAGGAUGUGACUGUCGUUAUCACCGAUUAUGAAAUAAUGAAAAGCGUCCUUAACAGAGAGGAGUUCCAGGGACGACCUCAUGGAUACGUUUUUACUAUGAGAACGUUUGGAGAGAGUAUAGGCAUUGUCGUGGGCGAUGGACCCGCUUACACGCACGUGCGCAAUUUUACAAUGAAGUGUUUACGAGACGUAGGCGCUGGAAAGGCAACAAUGAAUUGGUACAUUACAGAAGAAGCGUCGGAAUUUGUCAAAAUGUUGAAAACGAGCUGUGGGGACACCAACGAAACGUCAAAAUCGCUUAAACUUGACCAGUUAUUCAAACUGACCAUUCUGAACAGCCAAUGGCUGCUAAUUGCUGGGAAGCGGUUCGAUUACGACGAUAAAGAGUUCAUUUAUCUCCUAGAUUUGGUGACGAUAUUUUUGAAAAACUUUGAUGGUGCAGGGGGAAUUGUGGAAAGACUGCCUUGGAUCAGAUUUGUGGCGCCAGAAUUAUCUGGUUUUAAUAAACUGAACAACGCAAUGCAACCUUUGCAUAAUUUUCUAUGGAAAUUAAUAGGAGAGCACAAGGAGAACUUUGAUGCCAAUGCUGAGCACAACAAUUUUGUGGAUUUGUUUCUGGCAGAGAUUUUUAAGCAAAAGGAGCCCAGUAUAGUUUUUAAUUAUAAGGAACUUAUUUCUUGCCUUAUUGACCUUCUGUUGGCUGGCAUGAUCACCACGAGCGACGCCAUGGUCGACAUGCUGCAUUUUGCAGCGCAAAACCCUGAGUUGCAGAAAGAGCUCCAUGAGGAAAUUGAUCGCGUCGUAGGCAGAAACGUAGCACCUACCAUGGAUUCCUACAAUGAAAUGGUUUGGAUGCGCGCCUUCAAUUUAGAAACUUUGCGCUUUGGGACAAUUGCACCGAUUUCAGUGGCUCGAAGGGCAACAAAGGAUACAACUCUGAUGCAGUAUCGCAUUCCUAAGGAUGCGAUAAUUGUUCCUGUUGUUCAUAAAGUGCUAAUGGAUGAAGGAUACUGGAAAGAUCCUCAGGUUUUUCGGCCCGAAAGAUUCCUCGACGCAAGUAGGACAAAAUUCAUUCCCGAUGAAAGGGUUAACGUUGCGUUUGGUCUUGGAAAGAGACACUGUCCAGGAGACUUCAUCGCUUACCGCACCAUGUUCUUGUUCAUGGCAAAUAUUUUGCAGAAUUUCACUGUCGAAGCUGACCCAAAUGCCGACACAAAAUUGCUGUGGGAUGAAGGAAUUACUUUAACGCCACCGCCGUUCACUGGCACAUUUAAAUUGAGAGAUUAAUCAGAGUGCAUGAUGUAUUCAUAAGAUGUUUAGGAAAAAAUUGAUAUGUUGUGUUUAUGAUGUUCAAUUAAUUUUAUUAUAUUUACCAGCAAAAAAUUGCUGUUAAUAAAAAUUGAAUAAUUUUGAAUCUGUGAUAAAAAUUGUAAUUGCAUCAGAAAUUAAAUUAUUUGUCCAUUCCAGCUUUAUAUUUGAGUAAAUUUAGGUAAAUUAAUAAUAGAAAAUUACAUUAUUUGUUUUUACUAAUAAAAAGUGGAAAGUAAGUUAAAA